GUCGGUCACCAGCCGACCUGAAGCUUUAGGCUUUCUCCGACAGAUGUGGCUCUAAUGAGAAAGGGGAAGGCCAAUCUGGCCUGCAAUCUCAAUGCCGUGGGCACAAAGCUGCAAGUGGAGAAACCUCAGAGGUUGCUGGUUAACUCCGCAUCCUUGCCGCCCACAAGGAGUUCUGUCUCCACAUCCUUUGGUGGCACGAGGGAAUCGUACUGGUCCGAAUUCUCUUCGAGGUCAGACUUCUCCUCACCCAUGCCGUCCAGGUGUUUCUCGCCCUUUUCUUUGUCAUCGCUUCAAAUCACAGGGAGCUUUGAAACUAGCACAGAAUCAGUUGAGCGAAAUGCUACUGCAGAUUCAAAGGGCCGCCGCAAAGGUCAAAGGAGUCUCAGUCAGCCUCAGCAUCCCAGUGGUCCUUUGCCGAAGCUGAGCAGAAGGUCUUCAAGGGUAGCAACUUUGCCUCCCAUGGAGGACAUUGAAUUUCCGCUGGAUGUGAUUGGUGCUUCGUUCAGUUUAGCUCCUCAUGUGCGACGUUGGAGCAGGUCGGGAAUGGGAACAGCGCAGAGUUCAGUUGGGUCAACGUCGUCGGCAUGGCAGGAGCCCGACCCAAAGGAUCUUGGAGACAUGCACAAGCAACGGAAAGGUGUCCCGCUCAUGACGUGGCUUCAGGAGAUGGGCGUUGAUGUCGAUAUGAGCGACCUGCUGGUGCAGGGCCGUUCAGCGAUGAAUCGUGCGAGAUUGCAGCCGAUGAGCAAUUCGCGGCGAGCCCGUUUAGAUAUGGCUUUUGUUGAGCACCUGGACAGGAUCGCGCGGGAGCGUGAUUUGCCGCUGGAGCACCUCUCGCAAGACCUACAAAUCUUCAGGCUGAAGCUGCACUCGCGUCAAGCUCGACGAAGGCUUCACGAUAUAUUUGGGGCGAAGCGGCGGCGAGUACCACCACCGCCAGAGUUUGCCAAGGUGGUGUCGAUUCCGGCGGUGGAAGUGCCGAAAGUGAAGGAGACGGUGCCGUCCUUCCCGGACGCCUACAUCCCCCGGACGCCCAAAGCCGUGGUGGCCGUGGAGGUCCCGCAGGUCCUGCCGACCGAUCCCAGCGUCGCGCCGACGGCGCCCGUGACGCCCAUCAGUCGGAAGCCCACGCCGCAGAAGCCGACGCCACAGGAGGUGGACGAGCCUGUUGCACCAGUUAAAACGCCCAGCGUGCAAUCUGAAGAGGAGGAGGUGGUUGAGGAGGUCACUCGGCCUCAGCCAAAGACUCCGACGCAUCCGUCAACGCCAACCGUUCAGCCGAAGGCGAAGGCAAAGCAAGAGCUGCCAGAGGUGAAGCCACCCACGCCUCAGGUUAAGGAAGAGGUGGUUGUGGAACCUAGAGGCCUCUUCAGAAUCAAGGAUAGCCUACUGGAUCCCGACGGUGCGAAGCUGUUCCCGCAACGCAGACCGACGAAGGAGAAGACAAAGUCUAAAGAGACGGUGUUGCACGAAGACGAGUGGUGGUUCCAGGAGGAGUCAGAGAAGCCCCGAAGCUCUCAGGGCGAGUCUCGACCGGUUUCACGCCGGCGCUUCAAUUUGGCGGAGCAGUUCAGGGAAGCUUUGGCCUUGGCCUGGCAGCGUGCCCUGCAAUCGCUGGAAGAUCAGCGGAGUUUCCCAGAGCAACGAGAGGAGAAGGAUGAAGACGAGGAGGAUGAGCAAAGCUCGGACAAGGAAUUCAUGGAGACUUGGACGUCACUCUUCUCCGACUCAGACUCUACGGAGAGCCUCAGUCUGUCAGAGAGUGCCAAGCGUUUGCAGCGGCGUCGCUACCGGAAGCGCUUGCUGCGAAGAACACGUGGCAACCAAGCGCGUGAGAGGACAACAAGGUGCUGGACGAAUCGCAUGGAGGUGUGCCGACGGCUUCUUCAAUCUGUGGAUGUGUUAGCGGCCAAAGGAACAAUUUCGCCGUGUUAGGAAUUUUUGCUUUUUCGGUAUCCAAAACUUGGGAUGUCUCUUCGGAAUAUUUUGCAUCUCCUGAAACCGGCUAGAGCCGCUUUCAGAAUUUGCAUAAAAUUCGAUGCAUUUCGUAAGCUUUCGAAGAUGUAGUCUUCGCGGAAUGUCUGUUUUUGUCGCUGCGGAGCGCUCGCGCGAUUGACAGUUCCAUAGCUAGGGGUGAAGUACAAGAGCUGCUAGAGCACUUCUUCGAGGGGGUCGAUAGAACAUUGCAAUUCAAUUCACUUGCAGCACAAGUUGCAAAAAUUGCAGAACGAGUUGUUAAAGGACCAGUCUUUUUGCAUUCAAGCCGCUAAGCGUGCAAGUUUCACCUCCUAGAUGCGAUUUUGCUGGCAAGAGGAACAGUUUGUGACACCUGCAGACCAGAGCGCCGGCAAAGCGUCAACCAAAU